AUGGCCUCCGAACCCUCUUCCAAGCCCCCUGCGACCCGCCGACCCUCAAGACCCGCACCCGUCACCGACGAAGAAGAGCGAGCGAAAGCCCAGUAUGCCAAAGCCGCCGACGAGCAAUACGGCCGCGGCGGACGCAUUAAGACCAAAGCCGUCAAAGACAAGAAGCUCCGAGCAAAUUUGAGGGCAGUGGAAUCCAAGCACCGGGACGCGACGCUCCAAGCGAAGAACGCGGAGAUUCUCUUAGAAAACGAAGCGGGCUUUUUGGAACCCGACCAUGAGUUGGAGCGGACAUACAAAGUGCGCCAGGACGAGGUGCGGCAAGCAGUUGGCGUCGAAACAGCGAAGAAGGGGUUCGAACUUCGACUACCGGAUCUAGGACCCUACGAUGCCUGCGAAUAUACGAGAAAUGGAAGGGAACUCUUAAUUGCGAGCAGAAAAGGACAUGUGGCAACGAUGGACUGGCGAGCCGGCAAGCUGGGCUGCGAAUUGCAACUCGGCGAGACUGUACGCGACGCGAAAUGGCUCCACAAUAACCAGAUGUUUGCAGUGGCGCAGAAGAAGUGUGUGUACGUGUACGGAAACGACGGCGUCGAGAUACAUCGGUUGAAGAAGCACGCCGAAGCCGUUCGGUUGGAAUAUUUGCCUUACCACUGGUUGUUGGCAUCAAUAUCGACGGCAGGAGUUAUUCGCUAUACGGAUACAUCGACGGGUCAGAUGCUCACAGAGCUCCCUACAAAACUUGGUCCUCCCACCGCUUUCUGCCAGAACCCGUACAACGCCAUAUUACACGCCGGACAUCAAAAGGGCACUGUAACCCUCUGGUCGCCUAAUUCUUCCACUCCCUUGGUCAAAAUUCUCGCACAUCAUGGCCCCGUCCGCGCGUUAGCGGUCGACAAGUCGGGCCGCUACAUGGUUUCCACAUGCCAGGAUCGCCGCGUCUCUAUUUUUGACAUCCGCAACACGUACAAAGAGUUAUUUUCCUUCCACCUGCGGCAGCCAGCGCAAACAGUCACUAUCUCAGACCGUAACCUUACGGCCAUAGGCUACGGGACCCACGUCUCCGUCUACAAGCCCGAUAUCUUCUCCAUGACCCCCGACUCAGAAAUAAAGCUCCCGGCGCCCUACAUGAACUGGGGCGGCGACGGACAAGCCGUGUUCCGCCUUCGAUUUUGUCCAUUCGAGGACGUGCUCGGCAUAGCCCAUAACAGCGGCUUCAGCAGCAUUCUCGUCCCGGGUGCAGGGGAAGCAAAUCCCGACAGUCUAGAGCCCGGCACGAACCCCUUCGAGAACACGCGCCAGCGCCAGGAAGCAGAAGUGCACUCCCUCCUCGAAAAGCUGCAGCCCCAGAUGAUCUCGCUCGAUCCCAACUUUGUCGGUAAUCUGAACCUCGCGUCGGAGGAGCAGCGGUGCCGCGAGCGCGAUCUAGAUGCGAAACCCGAGGACAAGAUUGAGAAGCUGAAGAAGAAAGCUCGGGGGAGGAAUAGCGCGCUGAGGAAGUAUCUGAGGAAGAGGGGCCAGAAGAACGUGAUUGAUGAGGAGAAAGUCAGGGCGAGGGAGGCGAUGCGGGCGAAUGAUCGCAAAAUAGCGGAGAAGCUGGCAAGCGAUAAGAAGAAGUAUGGGCCGGCGCUUGAGAGGUUCGCUACGAAGGGAUUUUGA